AUGCCACAGCCCAACUCAGGCUACCCCCGCCCUGGAGAACUCUACACAACCCUGCCUGUGGACGCUGCUCAAACGCUCCCACCCGUGGCGAUGUGCUGCCCCCAAAAAACUCGCCGUCACGCACCUCCAAUAUUCAGAGUCUUCGCCCCUGGGAAGAUUAUCACGCUAACAACCUUCUCUCUAGACAGCGCAGUCUUUAUAAACUCAAAGUCACCUUCGCCUGACGCGGAGAGUCGUCCGAAAACAUAUCUCAAGCUGGCUAUCCACGCAGGGAUCCCGACUAUUGCUAGCGAUUUUCUUCGCCGUAAUAUGAGGUCGCCUAUUCCAGGCGAGGUAAUGGACAUUGGCAACUUGAUGAAUCAAAGAGGUGCCGCCGCUAUGCAACACAUUCACAACGGAACUACUCCCGAACGUCAAAUGCAUCAACUCCCCCAACUCACCGCGAGAAACAUGCCCGAACCACCGAUGGACCGUGCCGGUUCUCCCCACGGCUCCGAAUACUCCCAACACUCCCGUCACACAAUGGAAGGCGUCCCGCGUUCCUACCCUUCACCCAGUGCCAUGGUCGGCGCUCCGAUGCAGAUGCAGAUGCCUGUCUCCCAUAUGGGACCCGGCCCUGUAAUCCUGCCCGGAAUCCCUCAGCAUGAUAUGUCUCAGGGCAUGCCUCAAUACAAGGCACCCGAGCAGCAGGCACCUCAGCAGCCCACCAAGGCUUAUCCGUGCAGCACAUGCGGCAAGGGCUUUGCUCGCCGAAGUGAUCUUGCCCGUCACGAACGCAUCCACAGCGGAAUCCGCCCUCACGUUUGCGACUUCCCCAAUUGCGGAAAGCAGUUCAUCCAGCGAUCUGCUCUCACUGUCCAUCAGCGAGUCCACACCGGAGAGAAGCCUCACAUGUGUGAGCGCUGUGGCAAGCCUUUCAGCGACAGCAGUUCUCUGGCCCGCCACCGUCGUAUCCACUCCGGCAAGCGUCCGUACAAGUGCCCGUAUGCCGAUUGUCAGAAGACGUUCACUCGCCGUACUACCCUGACCAGACAUCAAAACCACCACACUGGUACAGUAGAGGAGGCCGCUGCGGCUACCGCUGCUGCUCUGGCGGCUCGUGGAGCCACUGGCAAGCCGAACACGACUCGUUCUGAUGGAGAUGCCAUGUCCAACCGUGGAUCGCCUCUUACCACGCCUUCGCCUGGCCAGCGCACCCUUUCGAUGUCCCCCAGUGCCGACAGCAUGCACCGUGCCAACUCCGAGUUCCAGUACAUGGGCAACAGCUCACUCCCUGUUCACCUUCAGCGAGACAUGCAUGUUGGCAGCCCGGCAUCGACAUCUUCUGGAGGUUACAACACUGGUAUGCGACCUACCUCGCACCCCACCAGCUAUGGACCGCCUCCGACACUCGAGCCCAGCGUCGAGCAGCACUCUGGCCCCGGCAGUGCUGGCGGUAGCCCUCACAUGGGUUCCGUCGGAUGGCAGUCUCCAUCGCACGUGCCGUCGCCCUCCCACAGCAGCAACGGUGGUGGCUACACCUACCCCGAUCCCGAUGCCUAUCCCUCUGCGCCUUCGCUUGGUGGUCAGAUGUUUUACGGCAACCCAGCUCAGGUCCGCCGCCCUCAGAGCACUGAGCCCCCUGCUGGAGCCUAUGAUAUUAAGGGCCGUCAAGGCGAGCUGUGGGCAGGUGCUCACUAG